UCUUCGCUGUCCAGUGCGUCCGCGUUCAGCUGUCAGUUCAGGUGCUGACCAGGUGUUUGCAUGCUGACAUUUGUUUACCUGUCUGCCUGCGUAACUCGGAAGAAGGUCUCUGAAGUCAGUCCAACAUGCUGUUUAAAAUACACAGUAGUUGACACGUCUUGGGAGUGAUGCACUGGCUUCCCCUGGUUGCCAUGGUGAUCGCCUCGGCCCUGCCUUUCCCUCAAAGUCCUGUGCCCAGGCUUGUUGCCGCGACGAUAGAGCCUGGCAGAAACGACAGCAACAGCAGCAACGUCCCGACAGCUAACAUCAGCAUGCCGACCAACUCAUCAGUGGACAACGACUCCCAUGAUGCUGUUUCUCACAACAACUACAGCACACAUGACAUAGCUCCUCACAGAACAGUCAAUAAGCAGAGCACGUUUGAGGAGGACCAUAUAGCCAAAGAUAGAGCAAACCGAGAGAAUCUUCUAAUAGAAGACAGUUUUGUCAAUAACACAAAGCAGGACUACACAGGUGGAGGUAGGACUACCGGUGCAGAUGCCUCCAGGCCGCAUGAUCCUAGGAAAUACAAAUCACAACAAAUACUGGCUGAAAAAGCCAGUUCCCAAAGCAAUGAUAUUCUCAAGGAUUAUCAGCUUGAAAGUAGCCAGUUUCAUGAAGAAAACAGUAUUGAGGCAGAGACUUUUCUUAAAGAUGACAGGAAUGCAAGAAGUAAACUGAGAGACAGGCCUCUUGAAGGUCCUAAGGUCUCUCUGCAGAGCUCUCCAGUGCAGGAACAUCUGGACGAAGCUCAAACAAUUGGGAGCACCAAUGCUAAAGAGUGGUUUGGAACAGAACCAGGCUUUGGGUUUGAUGACAUAGGCCUACGAGACGAAGAUCAGCUGCUUUUGCUGGAUGCCCAUCCACGGGUACUUUUCUCCCCGGCCCUUUCCCCACCCAAACACCCACCUCUGCUCUUAAUGCUGGAGUUGGGCUUUUUGGCCGAUGACGUUAAAGAUGAGGAAAGUCACAUGAUGGAUGCUAACCCGUCUGCUCACGGAGGCGACAAAGAAACUUACAGGAACUUACUCUUGGGCCUCUCUGAUUCUGAUGGCCACAUUCCAAGUGUCCGCCGCAAGCGUCAAGCCGUCCACAGCACACAAGGCGUCGCACGCUCCGUAUGUGAGGCCGAAAGCAGGUGGGUGACCAACAAGAAGACCGCGGUGGACUUUCUGAGCAACACCGUCACUAUUCUGCAAGAGAUCCAGACCCAGACUGGGCCGCUCAAACAGCAUUUCUACGAAACAAAGUGCCGUAAGCCAGAUCCAAAUAGGAAAGGUGAAGUGCAGGCGGUGGAGGGGGCUGGCUGCUUGGGGGUGGAUAAGAAACACUGGAUGAGCAGGUGCGAAACCAAACAAUCGUACGUACGUGCGCUAGCCUCGGAUGAAAACAAGAGGAUAGGAUGGAGGUGGAUCCGUAUCGACUCCUCCUGCGUUUGCGUGCUGCUCACUAGAGGAACGUACAACACUAAGAAGUUUGAGAGAGGAAGAGAGCGAGAAGGCAGAAGGUACAGCUAGCUUAGACUGUCUGAACAAAGGAUUGACACGGAGUUGAAAGAUCAUGUGAAUUUUGAGUGAUUGAGGGACUGUAUCUGUUCUGGUCCACUGUGUGGGGGAUAUUUCUUUUCCAGAUGUUCCCGCAUCUCACUCGACAGAACCUUAUAGCUGUACCCCAGUGUCUCGCUGAGGGAUAGUCAUGGAAAUCACCCUUGUGUUGCUCAAAACCUGUAUGAAUGAUUUUCUAUUGUGGAACACAAAUGGAUAGAGUGGUAAAGCUUUUGGACACCAAGUCACUCUUAAACAUGUUAGAAUUUCAUUGCAUUAGAUACUGGCAAAAUGGCAUCUGCAACCAAAUAAUGCUAGAGCUUUUCACUUUUCUGAGACACUUUUCCAACCAAUAUGUAUGAAGUCAGUUCUCCUCAAGUUUACGCAGGUUUAGCAGAAUAACUGCAGAAUAACUGCCUUUGUAGUUCAUUGUAAUAGCAUACGAGAUGUUACCCCCAGUUUUACUCCCAGAAGGACUUUGUCUUCAUUUUAAACAAUAUUCAUAGACCGAUAACAAAAGUGUGCUUGUGCUGUUUCUUUAAAGGAAAUGCCUCUUGUUUUGAUAUUUUCACAUAUAAUGCAAAAACCUUUAUACAUUUUUUAAAUGUGGCUUACGUUUUCCAAAUAUUACAUAUUUAGUGCAUUUCAUUCAACAAAUUCUGGUGACUUUCAUGAAAGUGGGCCAUGGUUGAAUGGACUAUAUCAAAGUCCCUUUUAAGGGAAUUCAGAUCACUCUUCAGCCAUAUUUGCAAUGUUUCCAGGUGGGUAUUUAAGGAAUGUAAGACCAGCUCCUAUCUAUGUGAAUGGGGGAAAAAUACUGAAACCCUAGAAAAUAAUGGCCAAACUCACAAUUAAAUAACAUAUUUCAAGUCAGCAAUCAAAUCUGACAUGGACUGUCCCAUCAAUGCUGUUUCUUAAGCUCAAAUAGCGUAAAAAACAGCAUAUAUUUAAGGUUGGUCCUGCUUAUGCACAGUCCCAAGUGCAAGUCUCAGAUUUAUGUGAGAAAUGAAGAUUCCAAUGGUUCUUUAAUUUAGACGGUGAGAUUUACUAGAUUACUAGAGCUGUUGCAGUUUUGCCCAUUCAUAGCAAUACAAGUGAACUGCCUUGGGUAAUAAUAUAUAGUCUUUGACGAUAUCUUCUCAAGUCAUGUGAGGAUGAGGUCGUUUCACAUUUUUUUUCUAGGUGCAUUCACUGUAACUUAUUUUGUGUUUCAUGAAACAAUAUACGGGUUUGAAGUGAUAUGAGGUGACGAUGAGUUCCUCCACACUGCUGUCAUUCCUCCGGUCCAUAUCCACGUCUCAACUCACACAAACAAGAAAACCUCAAUACUGAGAUCCUGUUUUCAUAUAUUGUUGCAUUUGUUCUAUUGUAUCUGUAGUAUACAGACAAUAAGUUAUUACUUUUGAUUUAGUAUGUAAGCCUAAGUACUUGAUAUUAAUAUAUUUCUUUAUAAAUGUACAAUAUGUGAAACAUAUACAUCAUGAAAAUAUAUGUGUAUUUAUAAUAACCAAAAACAAUGAAGCUGUUUAGUGGUCAGCAGAAUUUGUAGGCUUUCUCGCAAGUGUCCUUCAAAUGCCUGUCCCAAAACAUGAGCCUCUUUGGUUUCAGUGUCAGCUACAUUUUGGAACAAUGGUUCACCCAUGUACUGUUCACUCAGCAAAUGUUACAGAAAUACAGUUAAAAAAAAAAAAAAGAGUGUUGGAUGAAAUGAACUGGUCCAGUUUCCUGGUUACUGUAUUGAGAAAGCUGUGGAAGUCAGUACACAGGGUUUGAUGUCAUUUUUCACAUUGAGUCAUUGUAAUAAAAUGUUAUGUAAUCUUUGUAAGGUAGAUACUUUUGUAUAUGAUUUAUUUUUUCAAAGUAGAUGGAAGAGCGAGAGGUGCUUUGGUAAAAUACAAAGUGGAUUAUAUGAAUAUAU